AUGCGCCACUCCCAUUUCCUCUCGUCGCUCGUUGGCGUCCUCCUCGCAGUGUCAGCCGUAGCCAUUGCUCAAACUCCUCAGCCCCCGCCCACCUUCGACGCCAUAUUCACGGGGCAGUUGGUCAUCGGCCCUCCUAACGACGUUCUAAACACUACGGGACCGUUUGGUACCCGCAUACACUCACCCCUUACAGGGGGGAACCUCACCGACGCGAAGACGGGCGAGGUUCUGGCAACGCUCCUUCCCACCGCAGACAAUGGCAUCAUCAGCAACUCGGGGAUACUAUUCCCUUCGGCUGUCCUGCCAUACGUCUGGAAGGCUGACGGAAGGCUAGCCUCCAUAGCUGUAAAUGGCAUAGGGGACAUGAAGACCGGGUCCCUUUCCUACGCACACGUGGAAACGGACUCGCCUGCGUACUCGUGGAUGAACAGCAACUUCUUCCUCUUCAAGGUUGUGGUCGGGUCAGACCCGCAGGCGCCGGAGUUCACUUUGUACCGAGUGGCCAAUACCACGAAGCACUAGAAACUCUAGUACUUCGGGGUGGAAAGGGACUAUAGGAAGGGAUAUCAUACAACCUGGAGCGUCGCACUAAAUGGAUAUACGCGUACGCCUGAGGUUUGAAUCGUGAAGUAG